GUCCCUACCAAAGUCCGGAGCGCGGGAGCGAGCGGCCGGGCACGAUGCUGCGGAGGCUGGUCCAGCAGUGGGGCGUCGCGGUGUUCCUGCUCAGCUACUCCGCGCCGGCCUGCGGGCGCGCGGUGGAGGGGCUCGGCCGCCGGCUCAAAAGGGCCGUGUCUGAGCACCAGCUGUUACACGACAAGGGCAAGUCCAUCCAGGACCUGCGGCGACGCUUCUUCCUCCACCACCUCAUCGCGGAGAUCCACACAGCGGAGAUCAGAGCUACCUCGGAGGUGUCCCCCAACUCCAAGCCCGCCCCCAACACCAAGAACCACUCGGUGCGCUUCGGGUCCGACGAUGAGGGCAGAUACCUGACUCAGGAGACCAACAAGGAGGACACGUACAAGGAGCAGCCGCUGAGGACGCCCGGCAAGAAGAAGAAAGGCAAGCCUGGGAAGAGGAAGGAGCAGGACAAGAGGAAGCGGAGGACCAGGUCGGCCGGGCUGGACGCGGCGGGGAGUGGGCUGCCGGAGGAGCAGCAGCCCAGGCCCAGCUCAAGGACGCAUUGAAAUUCUCAGCAGAGACCUUCUAAGGACGUAUUACAGGAUCCUGUAAUGGUAACAGAUGAAAGUAUUAGAAGUAUUUAUUGUCUGUACAUACCGUCAAUGCAUCGGGGGACACCGUCUCCCACCAAACUGCUCUAUGAAACUGCACGUUGGUCAUUGUGAAUAUAUUUUUUUUCUUUUUUGCCAAGGCUAAUUCAGUUAUUAUUAUCACUUUUACCAUAAUUUAUUUUGUCAAUUUAUUUUGUAUUUAUUUUGUAAAUGUAUCUUGGUGCUGCUGGAUUUCUACAUUUUUUGUAACAUAAUGCACUUUAGAUAUACAUAUCAAGUAUGUUGAUAAAUGACACAAAAAGGUGUCUCUAUUUUGUGGUUGAUUUUAAUGAAUGCCUAAAUAUAAUUAUCCAAGCUGAUUUUCUUCUGUGCAUGUAAAAAUAGCAGUAUUUUAAAUUUGUAAAGAAUGUCUAAUAAAAUAUAAUCUAAUUCCA